CAACUGCGUACCCAGGUGAAAUGUUAUUUACUUGUUAUAACUAAUAUGGGAGUUUGACUGUCUGCUUAGAUUAGCAUUCAAACAUGAACCUCAAUGGAUGUUUACAUUCAGACUGCAAGUACAACAUACAUCACAGACACAAAUGCCAUUGUGUUUCAAAACAAUUUCGUUUGUAAGGUCAGUUUAAGGGAUUUGUAAAAUUCUAAACUGAAUGGCUAUAAAUAAGAUAAAAACGAUAUCGGUAGCCACGUGUGUGUGUGUAAGUUACUAGCUAACGAUGACAAGCUAACAUUGCGCUACCAUUUAACGCAAAUAGUACUCAGUGCAUCUUUCAAUGAAAUAAACACAUCACGACUUUAACUAUUAACGUAUAUUUGUUGACACCUUGACAGAAUGGUACGGGAGAAAUAACCAGUGCAUUCAGUUCAAUGAUAUUAGCUUGCUAAUUCAGUGGCGGUUCUGACUGAGGACGUUCGACUCGGCACACAUGCAUUCAAACUUCAUUUUAUGUAAUUUCCGACGCCCGUAAAAGAUAAAACACAAACAAAACUAUCUAUGCCUUGUUAUAAAUAGAACAAAAGCUGAAAAUAUUCACAAUAACGCUCAUUUUACACGUUAAAAUCUUUUAACGUAACGCACCUUCCUUCUUCGCCUUCGGGGCCAUGUUGGAAAAGGAAGAACGAACGGGGUUUCCUUCAGUUUAUCGCAGGGGUUCACAAACGCAGAUAUCGCGAGAACUUAGCAAUGUAUUGUGGGUAAUGAAGUUUAAUUACGCACUCUAUACAGAUCACAGCUGCUGGAGGACAGGGCACGGCACUGUUGCGAGAAAAAGCGAUAAUUUCUAAUUAUACAAGUUUUUAAUGUUUUUUUCAUGUAUUUUCUGAUAAAGACACACGAACCACCUGCUAAAACAUACUUGAUAUGUGUCGCCUAUCAUAACAAUUGCCAUCAAGGGUUCUUGUAGAACUUAAAAACGAUAUUUUACCCUAAGUAAGUAUCAGUAAAAGAAUGAAUGAGAAUGACAGUGUGUUUGCAGCAUUAGUAUUGAUGUGGUCCUGUUAAGUCCUCACAUGAUGAGCACACUACCUCCUGUGAAACAAGACAGAAUCAUCUGUGAACUCCCUUUGUAUUUCACAAGAGAUGCUGCAGUGCACACUAAAGAUGGCUUCAAUGUUACUGUUAGAGAGGCAUGUCAGGAACAGAAAGCAGGAUUGAAUGUAGCCAAGAUCAUAGUGAUUGGCGAUGUGGGAGUUGGAAAAACCUGUUUAAUUAACCGAUUUUGUAAAGACACAUUUGACAAGACGUACAAGGCAACUAUUGGAGUGGAUUUUGAGAUGGAGAGAUUUGAGGUCCUUGGAGUGCCCUUCAAUAUGCAAUUGUGGGACACAGCAGGCCAGGAAAGAUUUAGAUGCAUUGCAUCCACAUACUACAGAGGAGCUCAAGCCAUCAUCGUUGUGUUUGACCUGAGCAAUUACAACUCUUUGGAGAAUGCAAGAGAGUGGCUCGAAGAUGCCAUGAAAGAUAAUGAUCCUUCUAGUGUUCUUCUGUUUCUCGUUGGUACCAAGAAAGACCUUAGUCACCCAGAUCAGUUGGCCCAAAUGGAGCAGGAGGCCGUCAGGCUCUCAGAGGAGAUCAGAGCAGAGUAUUGGGCUGUGUCUGCUCUUUCAGGGGAAACUGUUAGAGACUUCUUUCUACGGGUUGCAUCACUUACAUUUGAGGCCACUGUAUUAUCUGAGCUGGAGAGGAACAAUUCUAGACAAGCUUGUGGUAUUGUCAAAAUCUCAAAUGAUUGUGAUGAAGAUGUUAAAGGUUUUAAGAAGAGGCAUUCCAACUGCUGUCGUUGACUGAUAUAUAAAAAAAAUCUGAAAUUUAUGUAUAA